AUGUAUGCCAAAGCUAAAGAUACAAAUGUGCUCAUUCGGCUUCCAUGCAAAUUAGUCGAAACAGCUGUGGAUAAAUCAAUAAAAAUUGCUCUUACAGUUGCUAAUCCCCUUGUCAAACUAUUAUAUGGACUUGUACAUGCAAUUGAUGACUAUGCUGUCGAAAAGUUUCGUCAAAUUGAAUCUAAAUAUCCUGUUAUUAAUACACCAACUAAAGAGGUUAUGAAUACAUUCAACGAAAAAAUCGAAUCUAUUCGUCAUGUAAUGAAUUCAGUUAAGGAUACAACUACAUCAACAAUUCAACAUGGCAAAGAGAUUGUUUUUCAUGUACCAACAAUCACAGUACAUAAAACAUCUGAUGUAGCUGGUUCUGUCUUCUCAUUUUGUGAAACACAUGUACCAAGAAUCCAACAUCUUAAUGCCAGCAAAACAAUAGAGUUCCACGAACAUGCUUGUUCAACUGUUAGUUCAUUAUAUAGUUAUGUAUUUCAUUCUGUUCAAUCAUCAUUAAUAUGGUCCAAAAUGUUUACUAUAUAUUCUUUUUACUUAAAACAAAAUACAUAA